UGCAAAAUACUGUUAGAACAGUGUGGGCACAGAUUUGCCCUGAUAGUAGCGGAUCUCUGUCACGCCCCACUAGCAAAUUUGCAUUGAGAACAUCUCUUAUACUUGAUUAAGAUGUUAUGCAAGUCUGCGAUGCCACCAAUGUGAUGUGAGGUUAGUUUCGGACGCACUCUGUGGGGCAAAUCCAGAUUCUGCAUAUUGAGGCAAAACACAAUCAUUCCAAACACUCCCUAAUUUUUCCGAGGGUUCCUUAUUUCAUAUUCGGCAUCGGCGGUCACGAAUCCCUCCGGUUCCGGUCGACUGCAACUCCUGACAACCACCUAUUUUCUCCGUUCCGAUCCUUCAAUCUCUACCGCUUAGGCGCCUGGUCCCUUGGACAACCUGUAAGGGAGAUUAUGCAACUAACAAGGGAGCUUGAAGUCAGGUCUAAAUGGAGUAGGAGAUCAGCCAAUGCAAUGGCUAAUACUUUAGCAAAGCAAGGAGUUAGUUGGCAGAACCUUUUUUGGGCCUGUUUGUAAUCUGUGGAGGGGUCACCUUGUUUUUUGAAGAAGGUGGCAUAAGGAGGAGAGCUAAAGGGGGCAGUAGUUAAUUUAUUUGCAGUAGGAACAAAGAGACACGUAAGACACAAUUAAGCAAUGAAUGUGAUGAACCUUGCGACAACACUCUUUAAACGAGCUACUCUCAACGAUCUGGUCAGAAAUGUUCCUGUGUAUAGUGGUCUAGUGGUAAUGCCUACACUGCUUUUUAAUGCUUCUGGAGGGGGAUUGAGCUUGAUGAUCAGGCGUUGGGCUACAAAGAAGUCAGCCGGAUCGACAAAGAAUGGAAGAGACUCAAAGCCAAAGAAUCUUGGAGUCAAGAAAUUCGGUGGCGAGAGGGUGAUACCAGGAAACAUCAUAGUUCGUCAGCGUGGUACCCGCUUUCAUCCAGGAAACUAUGUAGGGAUGGGGAAGGACCACACCCUCUAUGCUCUGAAAGAAGGGUGCGUCAAGUUUGAACGUCACAAACUGAGUGGUCGUAAGUGGGUUCAUGUUGAACCCAAGGAAGGGCAUGUACUGCAUCUUGUCUACACAAAGGUUGAUGCCUCUAAGCUGAAGACGGCUAUUUGAGUCCCAUCAUCAGAUCAUCUCCAUGUUCAAACUUCAAGUUAGUGCUGGGCAAUGGGUGAAAACUCUGGUGUAGGCUGAAGUGGGAUGGUCUUUCUAACUUUUGCUUCGUAUCUUAAGGACAUUACAGGAUUUUCGUUUUUGGGUGGGCCAGAAUUCAAAAUAAAAUAUCAUAGGUUCUUGUUUUUUUUAUAUAUAUAAUCUUUUUUUUUUCUUUUUUGUGCUUUUUGUUCAUGACUUCAUGUCAUUAAUGUAUUGAUCAGGAGUCAGGACAGUAUUCUGUGCUUUUAAUUUUGUUUUGAUUUCAUUGGUAUAUGGCCUCAGAGAAUUGACUA